GCCCACCUAACCUAACCAGCGCCCACUGGUCGACACCCAUCGUUGGACAUUUUCGACGCGAUUGAACGAGCUGGCACAGCUGAUGGAAUGGGACCUCCACCCGUAGUCACCGGAAUAUCACCCAAGGAAGGCCCACCUGGCACUCGAGUGAUAGUGCGCGGCGAAUUUUUAGGAAAUAAGGCUCAGGACCUUGUAGGACUGACAAUAUGCGGAUGCGACUGCCUGCUCUCGGCCGAAUGGAAGUCGUCCAACAAAAUUAUUGCGAGAUCGGGGCCUUGCAAAGGCCGCGGGGAUAUAAUAGUGACAACCCGGAGCGGAGGACAGGGGACUUCGACGGUACAGUUUCGCGGUUACCACGAGACUAUAGGCCCGAUGAAGGAGUCGGCAGUCUGGGUAGAGGAAGCACCUAUGCAGAGUUUAGGCUGGGGUAGAAGGGCUUUGUCACCUACCAACUAUCAACAGGAAGAUCCUCUAGGACUCAGCGUCGAGGGCAACGACAAAAAGUUCCCCGAGGACGAGCUGAUUGAACUCUUUGGAGACGGAAGUGGGGACCUCACCAGCGAAAAGUUUCAUCCAGGAUGGUUUUUAUUGCAGCACCAUCACGCCACGACUCUGGAGGACUUGAAGGCUGGCUUGGCUUACCUCCGAAGAAAAGUCAACUCGCAGAAGGAAGGGCAAUUGUCAUUUUUAAAGGCCAAUGUCGGAGCGGUAAUGGAACAACUUGACACAAUAACGUCGCUAAAGGAUCAAUUUGAAGCAGAUAUCAAGAGCUAUGGUAGCGAUCCUACGGAGAAAUUGGAGACAGCCAUCAGGCAGUCCAUGUCCGAGGCUAAUAAAUUAUUUGACGACGUACUGGCCAGGAGGGACAGAGCUGACGCGACCCGUAACGCACUGGCUGUUAUGCAACGUUACAAAUUUCUCUUUUCUAUGCCGAUUAACAUCGAGAGGAAUAUUAAGCGUAGCAAUUAUGAUCUCGUAAUUAACGACUAUGCCAGAGUGAAGAAUCUCUUUAAGAAUACCGAGGUAGAUGUCUUUAAAAGGGUAUUGGAGGAAAUUGACAGUAGAAUCCAUCAUUUUAAAGUGUUGCUACGGACAAAAUUACAAGAGAUGCCGUUCAGUUUGGAGGAGCGCAAGAAGAUUAUUCGAAACCUCGUCAAUCUCGACGCCGAAGGUGAUCCGGCUUGGGACGCGAUAGUUUCGCACGCAAAUUAUUUAGAGAAAAGCGUCGCCAAUGCUGUGUGUGAGCAUUCGCGCUCGCAAAAGACUAACGGGGAUAACUCACCGCCGCAAAUCUUGUGCGUUGAAGUAAUUUGCGAUAUCGUGGUCGAACAGUUGCCAGAUCUAUGGAGAUUGGGACAAAGUUAUUUCACAGGGCAGCUACAUGUAGCGGUAGACGUGGAAAAGCAAAGUCAUUUUAAAAAUUUAGUUUUAUCGAGUAUGCAAGAUGCCAUGGGAGCUAUCAAGAAUUUGUGCAGUCCCGAUAUAGAGGCAAAGUGGCUCUUACAUAUUUUACGUUGCGUUAGACAAAUGUACGCAUCUCUGAUCCAUCUGGAUUUGCCUAGCGAAGCUCUCGACAUUUUUGGAUCGUUUAUAUUGGAUCUAAGGAUACAGUGCUUGCGUGCUCUCUUCAAACAAGGAGCGGACAACACGGCAGCACUGAGUCGAAGGGAAACAUGGCAGAUAGAAUACCUGAACGAGGAUGGUGGCGUUACGAGACUGCCGUACCUGUUUGAGGAAGUAGUUUUGGCGACCUCGAAACAUGCGCGAGAAACGGUAGUUGCUUGCGGUCCGAGAGAAGGACCUCUCUUCGAUAAUCCGGAUCAUCAGGCUCUCUAUCACAAUACCAUCAAGACAUUAUUCGUAUCGUUCGCACGGUGUCUACAACAAUUGGCGUUUAGCGGCUGCGAGGAAGCUAUGGAUAACGACGAACCGCCAGUUUCGCAAUUGAUUGGCUCACCUUCUGGCUACAAAAACAAAACCAACAGGCAUCAAGGGCCAACAUGGGAGCAGUGUCUGUUAAUCUCGUUGAGCAAUAUACGGUACACGCUAAAUAUCGUUCUACCAAGAAUCGGAGAUGCUCUCAAGGCACAAGGCUACCCAGAAUUAUCCACCGCGGUCGGCUGGAACUCUGAUUGGACACAAUUGGAGACGCUGGAUAUCGCCGUUCUGGACGCGUAUCUAGAACGCCGUUGCGAUCCACUCGUCGGUACGAUAGAGCCUAGUAUGUAUUUAGGCGGUUUGGAAUGGGACUUUGAUACGGAACCGACCCAUCUCAAGCCGUACGCCCAAGAAAUAUUGGCCAAUCUAAUUGCGGUACACGCAGAGGUACGCCGAGUCGCACCAGCUCUGUUACAACGGAUUCUGUCCCACAUUAUAGAGACCAUAGCGGAGGAACUUGCGCGUCUCAUGUCGUGCGUUACGCAAUUUCGUCCGGCUGGAAUUGUUCAAGCACGAACGGAUAUAAUACUCUUGAGAAACGCCCUGCAAGCUUACAGCACAGGCAGAGCUAGCAGAAGCUUUUUCGAGGAAGCUCUAGACGCUAUACCUCAGCCCGUCACCAAGGAAGAUCGCAUGAGGAUAGAUGCUCUUUUGUCAAAAGUCACAACUUGCAUGCGACUGCAGCUGUCGUGUCUUGCCAGUGAGGCAAUGGAAAAUGUUCGUUAUUUAACAGCAGAUCCCGAACGCGUUACCACUGUGUGAUUCAUAUCGACAAAGUGCGUAAUAACUACGGGGACGUUGUAAUUGAAAACAAAUUCCAUCAUGUUUAUGUAUGUACAUUGCGGUAGAUUAUUGUACAAUGGAUGUGGAAUAUCGAAUCACCGACAAGCUCGCAAAACUUCCGUUUAAUUGCAGCCAUAAUGACCAUUGCAAAAUAGACUUUCAUUCGCUAAUAUGUUUUAUUUUCUCGCCUUUUUAUAAAAAUCAUUUGCAAUUACAAUGCAAUAACGAAAUCUGUCUCCAUCGCCUUUAUCGAGUUGAGUAGUUGAGCUUUUACAGCAAUUCUAAUGUGCCAAUGUCUGCGGCUAGCAACACUUUGUCACCUGAAACGGAAGAACGCUUUAUUGUGAAAACAAAAAGAUUAGCGGUAAUAAAAGAAAUCUCAGAUGGCGUAAA